AUGUCUUCAGAGAUGGAGGAAUGGCUAUGCGACUCUAAUGAUGCGCUGAGCUUGUCGCUGAUUCGCGCCCCGGAAGACAAGGAAGCUCUUCACGGCGAUGAGCGGAAAACGGUCGCUCCUUUUCAUCCUGCGUUCACCUAUCCCAUCUAUGGCGAGCAGGAGAAGAUUUUUGGCUACAAGGGUCUAGAGAUAAGGCUUUCCUUCGCCUCCGGCAGCCUGAAGCAAAUGCUGGACAUUUCCUAUGACUCGAAGCUCGAUUCUGAAGCUACUCCAGCGGACGAUGUCGAGGGCAAGCUGUACCAAUUCAUCCCUCCCGACUACUCCAAGUCAAGCUUUUCGUUUGAGCAGACGGUUGACGACGAUGCGUCAAAUUUCAAACCUCUAGGCGAGAAAAUUGGAUCAUACGCUCGACCCUCGUCGAGCGGGACGAGCAGAGCCAAAGGCAAGGGUAAAGGAAAAGCCAACGGUGCAGCGGUGGAGCUCAAGGAAGAUGACCCGAAUGCAGUGGUGUAUGAGAUGUACAAGUCCACAUGGAACACUACCGGAUUCAGAGAGUAUCACCGCCGGAUGCAGCUGUUCAUUUUGCUAUUCAUUGAGGGGGGAAGCUAUAUUCAGGAGGACGAAGACGCUUGGGAAUUCAUAACCCUGUUCGAAAAGCGCCGUCGAGCCGAUACCGAUCUAUGCACCUACCACUUUGUUGGAUACACCUCGGUGUAUCCCUUUUGGUGUUUCCCUGAUCAAGUCAGGUUGCGGUUGAGCCAAUUCGUCAUACUUCCACCAUAUCAAAGCCAAGGUCAUGGAUCCAAACUUUACAACGCCUUGUACCUCCACGCUCUGUCUCGAAAGGACGUCGCAGAGCUCACGGUUGAAGAUCCAGCCGAGGCGUUUGAGGAUCUGCGGGACCGAUGUGACUUGCGAUAUCUCGUCUCCAAAGGGAUUUUGGACGACCCUGGGUUCUCUGAUGGCGUUGGCGCAGAUGUGCGAGGACCGAGGGCGAAAUGGGAAGAAAAAGUCAGGAAGGAAUACAAGAUCGCACAGCGCCAGUUUGAUCGCGUUCUUGAAAUGUUGCUGCUUCGCGAGCUGGACGAGAAGGAUCCAGCCAAAGUCAAGGCGUUCCGACUCGGUGUCAAGGCGAGGCUGUACAGGUUCAAUUAUGAAAUGCUGUCACAAAUGACACUCGAAGAGCGAAAAGAUGCUCUGGCAAAGACUUACGAAUCGGUGGUCCAGGACUACCGUCGUAUUCUCGCGCAGGCUUUCCAUUGA